GUAGGACUGGAUCUCGAACAGGCUGUGCGACCGUCGUGUUUACACUUUUUUCUGCCUCUGGCCAUUUUUCCACCUGCAGGCAGCUGACAGCGAGGAUAACAGGAUACUGAAGCCGCGAAUGAGCAUCACGGGGAGGCGUCAGAGACAGAAAGCCGCCCGCCACGGUCACUGACGGUGCUGUUUCUCUGUCUGUCUGCCGGUCUCUUCAUCUGACUCUGAAGCAGCUGUGUCUUUAUCUCGCAUCUUGUGGUCGCAGAUAUGAGCGGAAGAGUAGGAGACCUAAGUCCCAAACAGGCUGAAGCCCUGCAGCAGUUUCGAGAGAGGAUACAAGACAUUCUUCCUCAACUUCCUGCGCAGCAUGACCACUUCCUGUUACGUUGGCUCAGAGCCAGAAACUUCAAUGUCCAGAAGUCUGAGGCCAUGCUGCGAAAGCAUGUGGAGUUCAGGAAACAGAUGAAAAUAGACACGAUAAUCACUGACUGGCGUCCUCCAGAGGUGAUAGAGAAGUAUCUGUCAGGAGGGAUGUGUGGUUAUGACCGUGAAGGCAGUCCCAUCUGGUAUGAUGUCAUCGGACCUGUAGAUCCCAAAGGCCUCUUCCUGUCUGCCUCCAAGCAAGACUUCAUCAAGUCCAAGAUCAAAGACUGUGAGGUGCUGCAGAGGGAAUGUAACCUGCAGUCACAGAGGCUUGGGAGGAACGUGGAGUCAAUCACCAUGAUCUACGAUGUUGAAGGUCUGGGCCUGAAACAUUUAUGGAAGCCUGCUAUAGAAACAUAUGGAGAGAUCCUCCAGAUGUUUGAAGACAACUACCCAGAAGGCUUGAAAAGGCUGUUUGUCAUUAAAGCCCCCAAACUCUUCCCUGUGGCCUACAACCUCGUCAAGCACUUUCUGAGUGAGAACACAAGACAAAAGAUCAACAUCCUGGGAGCUAACUGGCAGGAGGUUUUACUGAAGUACAUUGAUGCAGAGGAGCUGCCGGCGAUAUACGGGGGGAAAAUGACGGAUCCUGAUGGAGAUCCUCGCUGUCGGACCAGGAUAAACCACGUGGGCCCAGUUCCUCCCUCCUACUACGUGCGGGACCAUGUUAAGGUGGACUACGAGCAGUGCAUGACCGUCAGUCGGGGUUCCUCCCAACAGCUGGACUAUGAGAUCCUGUUCCCAGGCUGCGUUCUCAGGUGGCAGUUUGCCACUGAGAGUGCAGACAUUGGUUUUGGGGUGUUUCUGAAGGCUAGAAAGGGCGAGUGGAAGAAGGCAGCUCAGAUGCAGGAAGUUGUGCCCAGCCAACGCUACAACGCCCACUUGGUGCCCGAGGACGGAUCACUGACCUGUGAACGCCCAGGAGUCUAUGUUCUGAGAUUCGACAACACAUACAGCAUCUUCCAAGCCAAAAGAAUCAGCUUUACUGUCGAGGUCCUGCUUCCUGACCACUUACAGUCCCCACAGACCAAUGGGGGGUCCAGAAACCAGGUGCAAGCUGAGGGCAACAGCCAAUCAUAACCAAGAAGAUGACACAGUGUGCCACUUCUGUGCUGUCAGAUCUGUAAUGUUUAGCCACCACUAAUAAGCACAGUGUGACAAACUUUGAUACGAACAGGAACCACAAUGUUCUGCCAAAACACAAGAAAAGCUAUUUAACCCAUGUCAACAUUUGAAGGUUUGAGCCUUGAAUUUAUCAUUCAUGAUGACCUCAUUCACGUGUUGGUCCAUGUGGAAACAUUUAUGAAGCAAAGGAAGAGAUAACAUGGAACAAAUUUUGUGCACUUCUGGUCUGGUUUUUCAUGUUUUGGGCGAAGCCUCUUAGUUCCAAAUAGAAUAAGAGUUAGUAAGUUCUGCUGUAUUUAUGGAAAAAGUUGUAUAAAGUCCUUUUUUUUUAUCUUUUGUGUGAAGUCUGAUAAACUGCCCCAAGCGAUGUCACUGGAGUCAGUGGUGCGCUUCACGCAUAACGCACCCAAAUUCCGACCACACUGUCGGUGAUUGAGUUGCAUUGUGGGUAAUGAAGGCGCCAGAUUUGACAAGGAGGAAGAAUGUAUGAAAUAAAAAAGACAAUAUUUGUGAAUGUUAGGGGAGUGCAAUGAUCAAUCAGUAGAAAACUGUUUUAAGAUCCUCAUUUAUGUGUUGACCAUUUUUAGCUUUAUGUUAAGUUUUUCUUGCAAAAUGUACCAGAUUGGCGGCAGGUGAAUCAGGUCAGUGCUACCACAGCCUGCUUUAACGAUAUGCUAUGUAAAAGAGGCCACCAUGCCUACAAAAGUAGCACAGGAGCAAAUUACAACUGUGGUUUUUAAUCUUCUGUGUAGAAAAACAAAAGAAAAGCUUUUCCUAUGUUUUUUUCCAUGUAUGUGGCAUAAAUAUUUGCCAUGACAAUCAACAACAGUAAAAGCAUUUCAGUUAAUUUCUAUAAGAAUAAGUUUUGUUACCAUUUUCAGACUUACUGAAAAAAGAAAUCUAACAUCUCCUCAUUAGACACGGAAGAGAAUAGAGAAUAUGUUGAGUUUCUAAAAUAAGUUUUUAUCUAUAUCUUGUGAAAGCUCUGUUGACAUUUGCUACUAAUUGAUGUACCUCUAAUGGUUGUUUGUUUCCCCUCGACAUAUUUGCAGAAAACAUUCCUUUACACACAGUAUUUAUUUCCUCUUUUCUAAUUUAUUUCAAGAAAAAUUUAAAUGGGUUGAAGCAAAUUAUUAUUUUAUAAUAGCAAAGUAUUUAAGUUAAUAUCAGGUUUUCUCGAAUAAUCAAUAUUUAUUCUAAGUAAGGAGUAUUAAUAUUCAUGUUAACUCAUGUGUGAAUGUAAAUGAAAAUAUGUUGCUCUCACCAGACAAUGACUAAAUGUAGAUUGCGGUGGACUGUCAGAAUGAAGGAUUUUUCAUAUUAUUACAGCGGUGCUAAGAGACUUGACCUGUUCAGUUCUGGGGAAACAGAAUCAGCUUACUGUCAUGGUCAUGCUGUCUGGACCCUUUCACAUACGAUGAAGAUGCCAUGAACUUGAAAGAAUUAGAAGA